AUGCAUGGGCAUUUUUUUCAGACUAAAGCCGAUGUCCAUGUUAUAGUUUUUGAGCAGGGUCACGGAGAUACCGGUCUGGCCAUGAGGCCCUUGCCGAUUUUGGAUGGCAGCGAUGUUCGGCCCCCGCUGGCUCUGCGCGACUGGGUCCAGACUUUGCCGGCCACCCUUCAGGAAACGCGCACCGCUGCCACGGCUCUGCGCGACUUGGUGCAGGAUGCCGUGUACUUGGACGAGGAGUGUUACAGUAGCGCAGUGGAGCAUACGCAUUACCACGAGAAGCUACAUGUACAACAAAAGCGGGUGCAUGACCUGGAGAAUGAAGCUGCUGCAUUGCGUGCAGAACUAGAGCGCAAGGACGAGUUGCUGACAGCGGCUGCCGCAAGGCAGCGCGAGGCGCAGCGACAAAUUGCGGAACUGCAGCAGGAGCUGGAGAACAACGCAGUUGUGUUUCGGAUGCACUACCAGGAGCUGCUCACCCGUAAUGAAGAGAUCGAGCGCCUCAAGACAGUGAUAGAGGGGCUGCAGGGUGGUCCAUGAUCUCAUUCUUCAAGCUAUAAUUGCUGUACACUGCUGUAUAAGGCCUCCGGCCAUGUGGACUCAGGAGGUUUGGGGAUAAUAGUUGCAUUGCUUUUGCGUGGGCUGCGUAUCGGCUUUGAAUGCGUCGCGGCGCAUUUAAUGUAGGAUGUGGAGCA